AUGGCUUCAAUGGAUAGCCAAAAAGCAAUAGAGCUCUUUGAAGGCCAAACUCUUCUGUACGUGCAGAUAUUUGGCUACCUAAGAACUAUGUGUCUUAAAUGGGCUGUCCAACUAGGUAUUCCAGACAUCAUACACAACCAUGGAAAGCCUAUUACUCUUCCUCAGUUAGUGUCAACUUUGCAAAUUUCACCAACUAAAGCUAGUUUUGUGCACCGGUUCAUGCGCUUUUUGGCACACAAUGGAAUCUUUGAUAUCCACGAAAGCCUAGAAGAACAUGAAAUAACAUAUUCUCUAACCGCUGCAUCAAAGCUUCUUGUCAAAAACAGUGGCCAUUGUUUAACUCCUGUAGUUUUAGCGUUUACUGAGCAAUUUAUGAUGGAUAACUUACAUCUGUUAGGGGAAUGGACUCGUGGGGAGGACCCCACAAUAUUUGAGACAGCCUUUGGAACAAGCUUUUGGAAACUUCUUGAGAAAAAUCCUGCAUAUAUAAGUCUUUAUAAUGAUGCAAUGGCAAGUGAUUCCCAGAUGGUAAGCUUGGCAUUGAAAAAUUGUAGUUCAGUUUUUGAAGGGCUAGAUUCCAUUGUGGAUGUUGCUGGUGGAACUGGAACCACAGCCAGAAUUAUCUGUGAGGCAUUUCCUAAGUUGAAAUGUGUUGUGAUUGAUCUUCCUCAUGUUGUAGCAAACUUGACUGGAAGUAAGAAUUUGAGUUUUGUUGGUGGUGACAUGUUCGAAUCCAUCCCUGAAGCUGAUGCAAUUCUAAUGAAGUUGAUUUUACAUGACUGGGAUGAUGAGAAAUGCAUUAAGCUCUUGGAAAAGUGUAAAGAUUCUAUUUCAAGCAAAGGCAAAAGAGGAAAAGUGAUUAUCAUCGAUACAAUAAUAAACGAAAAGCUAGAUGAGCAGAAUCUGAGUCAAACAAAGCUCAGUAUGGAUAUAAUGAUGUUGACUAUUAAUGGAAAAGAGCGAACUGAAAAAGAAUGGAAACAACUCUUCAUCCAAGCAGGAUUCACGCAAUACAGAGUAUUUCCCAUCUUUGGUUAUAAAUCUCUUAUUGAGGUCUCUCCGUAG